AUGGUUAUGGCACCUUCGGUUCUUACUCCUGAUGAUGCAUACGUUUUUAACAACUAUCAUCCUCAUACGAAAGAUCCAACUGUCUUGACCCAUUUGGAUAUUGGCCAUGGAGUGAACGAUGCUCUUGUCUUGCGGGGUCACUCCUCUCCCAAGGAGAUGAUACUCAGCGAGCUGAAGAAACGCGUGUCUCGUAUCGACAUUGCAGGCUGCGAGCCUGGCGAGGAAGAUGCUUUCUAUGUCGCGGACAUGGGCGAGGUCUAUCGUCAGCAUAUGCGGUGGAAGUUGAACCUAGGACGCGUCAAACCGUUUUACGCCGUCAAGUGCAACCCCGACCCAGAAGUUCUGCGCCUGAUGGCCCAGCUAGGCAACGGCUUUGACUGUGCUUCCAAGACCGAGAUCGACCUGGCGCUCAAGACGGGUAUUGACCCAAGCCGUAUCAUCUACGCUCAGCCGUGCAAGACCAGGUCGUACCUUCGCUACGCCCGCCAGAAAGGUGUCAAACAAAUGACCUUUGACAAUGCAGACGAGCUGUACAAGAUCAAGAACGACUUUCCGGACGCCGAGCUCUAUCUGCGUAUCUUGACCGAUGAUUCCACCAGUCUAUGCCGACUCAGCAUGAAAUUUGGCGCCUCUUUGGAUACUGCUCGCCCGUUGUUGGAUUUGGCCAAGAAGUUGGAACUUAAUGUCGUGGGUGUCAGCUUUCACGUCGGUUCUGGUGCUGAAGAUCCCGGCGCUUUCCUCAAGGCCGCUCAGGAUGCACGUUGGGUGUUUGAUCAAGCUGCCGAGGUUGGAUACGAACUGCACACGCUUGACGUUGGCGGUGGCUUCUGCGACGAGACCUUUGAGAAGUUUGCAGCUAUUCUGAGCAAGGCAGUCGAUGAUCUAUUCCCGCCAAACAUUCGUAUCAUUGCCGAGCCCGGUCGUUACUACGUUGCAGCAGCUUUUACACUUGCAGCCAACGUCAUUGCUCGUCGUGAUGUGCUUGAUCCCCAGGCUUCAUCGGGCAGCUACAUGAUUUAUCUGAACGAUGGUGUUUACGGCAACUUCUCCAACAUCAUCUUCGAUCAUCAACACCCCGUCGCUCAGAUUCUGACGUGUGCCAACGGCAGCAUCCCUCCUACUCCUGGACUGACUGCUUCGGGCUCAUCCACCCCCGGUUCAGCUACACCGUGUUCCGCAGAUGGUUCCCCAUGCGCAUCUCCCGCAGGAAUCGAAUACAGCAUCUGGGGACCAACCUGUGACGGGAUUGACGUGAUUAGCCAGCGUAUCGUUCUACCGGGCUUGGUCGAUGUAGGCGAUUGGUUGUAUUUUGAGGACAUGGGCGCAUACACUCGUUGCAGCGCCACCCGUUUCAACGGGUUCCCUGACAACCAUGAUGUUAUUUACGUCUCUAGUGAGAGCGGAGCAUCCGCUUUGUUGGAGUAUUGA